AGAAAUGCCAAGAAAUAAUACAUCCAUAUCGGAAUCGAAUCUAAUUGAAUCAAUUAUCGAUGUUUGUGAUGAUUAUGAUAAUAAUGAUGAUCAAUCGAAAAAUAAAUGGAAUUGUCAGAUGAUGAUUAAUGAUCCGGAUUCAAUGUCGGCAGCAAACAUUAUACUAUAUCAGAUUCGAUUACAAUCAACAGCAAAUAGUUUGAAUCUACUAAUACCAAUAUCAUCGAUACGUGAUGAAAGAUCGAAAUAUUUAUUGGAAACAAAAUUACAUUUCAAACCAAAUGAACAUUAUUGGCAAAGAGAUUUAGAUUGGAACAAUGUCAUCACUAUUGGUCAAUGGGAAGAUCCAACAUUAUUAACACUUUAUGAUCAAUUGUAUAGGAAAAUUGUAUCGAUAAGAUUUCGUAUCCAUGAAGAUGUCAAUCAUUUUCGUCGUCGUAUUAAUCGUGAUCGUUUUACAUUGGUACCAUGGGAUGAAUGGGAAAUUUGUCAACGUGUUGGCGCUUGCCAAUGGAAUCAUUAUAAACAUACAUUUCAACAGGCUAAAUAUCGAUGGCCACAAUAUGUUUUUAAUAUAGCAUAUGUGAUGCGUGGUAAUUCAUCACCAUUCGAUGAUCCUGAUGUUGAAGAAGAUCAUAAACGUAAAGAUCGUAUAAUGGUCGAAUUUGUCAUAAGGAUUCAUAAACAGUAUAAAUCUUUACGAAUGGAACAAAUUAAGAAAAAAACAUCUGUUUCAUCAGUAAAUUGAUUAUUGAAAAUAAAAUUAAUUUAUUCAAUUGUCGAAAGAAUGUUGAUAUGUUGGAUAUAAUUGGUUUAAUUCAA